CUAAGAUUCUUACACAGAGAUUAUUACCUUAAGAAAACAUUAAAAAUGGCAGUGAGGUUCACUGAGAAUGUUCCUGAAGAUGAUGAAUACAUUGACAUGGAAAUCACUUCAUUUUCCAAUUUUUUCAGCAAUUCCAGAACCUCAAGAGAAUUUGAGUUCCAAAUGUCUUCACUUUCCUCGGAGAGAGAGCCCACAACUUCCCCUGCCGAUGAACUCUUCUACAAAGGCAAACUUCUUCCACUUCAUCUCCUCGAAAUCUCCGAAUUGGGUUUCGAUUCGGUCUGCGACGACAAAAAUGGUGUGUUCCAAGAAUUCUAUGGCACACCAUUAGCUACCACUACUACUACACCAACUUCAACGAGUACUCCUUUUGAAUCUUGCAAUAUCUCGCCUUGUGACUCUUCUUCUGUUAGUAGGGAGCUGAAUCCGGUCGAGUACUCAUUCUACGAGUACUGGACCGAGACGGACGUAAGCCGAUGUAUCGGUGGACACGAAAAUCCGAAGAAGUCUUGGACUAAAAUGCUUAAGCUGAGUUCAAGGCUGAAGGCUUCCAGGGCUUAUCUCAAAGCCUUAUUCAGCAAAUCCGGUUGCUCGUAUGAGUCCUCUGCAGCAGCAGCAAAGGAUGGCAAUAGAGUGACGGUUCCAAAACCGAAGCGAAGCCGAUUCGGACAAAUGAAUCAGGAUAAAGGGAAGGAGUUGUCCGCAACCGGAAACGGCCCAAGCAAUCGUCAUAGCAGGUCAUUUUCGAUGGUGAUCGAACAACAUUCUUCGACAAACGAGUCUUCAAGUUCUUCAUCUUCAUCUUCGAACUCGAACGGUUUUCAGUACCCGCCGUUUCUUAAAAGAAGCAGCAGUACCGUGAAAGUAAAUAUCGAGAGUCCAAUUCAUGGUGCCAUUGCACAUUGCAAGCGAUCUCAGAUGAGUUCAAAGACGGACGCACAAUUUUAUGUUAGUAGAAACAAUCUUAAUAAAUUAUAUUAG